ACAACCCUCUGAGCUGUGAGGGGCGGCUCAGCCUCUCCGUCUCCUCUUCACUUCUCUGCCAGCAGCGCGCCCGUCGGAGCUCUCCGGUCUCCGAUUCAGCUCUCCGGUCUCCGGCUCCCGAUUCAACCGUCGACAGGAUCUCUAUUUCCCGGGGCCUCAGAACGCUGACAGCUGCUGAUGGUCCUGAGUGACAGACGCACUUUGACCGUUUUUGAAAGCUGGAAAUGGUGCAAGGAGAAGGAUGCAAGACAGCAUAGUCUUCCCGGACGGAGUAAACACCAAAUGGAAGCCGAGCUGAGCUCCUCCAACUCCUCCACCCGCUCCACCCGGCAUGGAGGCCCAGCAGACACACCAGUGACCUUCACGGCAACGUGAGCACUGAGCAGAACCAGGACAACAGGAACCCCCUGGUCCUCUGAGAGAGAGCUGUCCGUCUGCAGAGAGAGAGACACCAGGGACGGGGAGAGAGAGAGAGCGAGAGAGAGAGAGAGAGAGAGGGAGAGAAAGAGAGAGAGAGAGAGAGAGAGAGAGAGAGAGAGACAACCAACUCUCUGCCCAUCAGAAGAAGCAGCGCUCUGCAGAAGAUGGUGGGUGAGUCGCGGCGCUGGUCGUGGCGGCUGCUGGCCAUGUGGAUGCCCGUGCUGCUGCUGUGGAUUACUUGUUUUCCCCCAAUGGCGCCCGGCGUGGCGGGGACGUCUGGAGGCGUGCGGACUGGGAGCCACGUGAUGCCCGGCCGUCUUGGCGACGGACGAGCAUUACUGAGCCGGGCCAAGAGAGGCUGGGUGUGGAACCAAAUGUUUGUGCUGGAGGAAUUCUCUGGACCCGAUCCCAUCCUGGUUGGCAGGCUCCACACCGACCUGGACGUGGGCGGCAAGAGGAUUAAGUACGUGUUGGCGGGCGAAGGGGCCGGCACCAUCUUCGCCAUCAACGAGAUGACGGGGGACAUCCACGCCAUGAAGCGGCUGGACCGCGAGGAGAAGGCUGAGUACACGCUCACCGCCCAGGUCACCAACGCCGACACGGACGAGCCGCUGGAGCCCCCUUCCGAGUUCAUCAUCAAGGUGCAGGACAUCAACGACAACCCGCCGCAGUUCACGGAAGGACCGUACCGCGCCUCCGUGCCCGAGAUGUCCACCGUGGGCACGCCGGUGACCCGCGUGACGGCCAGCGAUGCAGACGACCCCGUGUAUGGGAACAGCGCCCGGCUGGUCUACAGCAUCCUGGAGGGCCAGCCCUACUUCUCUAUAGACCCCAACUCUGCCACCAUUAAGAUCGCUCUCCACGGGAUGGACCGGGAGAUGAGAGAGGAGUACCUGGUGGUCAUCCAGGCCAAGGACAUGGGCGGGCACAUGGGCGGCCUCUCCGGCACCACCACCGUCACCGUCACCCUGACCGACGUCAACGACAACCCGCCUAAGUUCUCCAAAAGUCUGUAUGAGUUUGUGAUCCCAGAGGACCUGCCCAUUGGGAAGGCAGGUGGCAGGGUGAAGGCCAACGAUAGAGACAUCGGGGAGAACGCCAAGUCCACAUACAACAUCAUCGAGGGAGACGAGAGGGGAAUGUUCCAGAUCUCAACGGACGGCCAGACUCAGGAGGGGAUUCUCAAGCUGAAGAAGCCCCUGGACUUCGAGAGUAAGAAGGCGUUCACGCUGAAGGUGGAGGCCACCAACCUGCGCUCGGAGCCGGGCAGCGGGGGCCCCUACCGGGACACGGCCACGGUGAAGGUGGUGGUGGAGGACUCGGAUGAACCACCCGUCUUCACGCGGCCCGCCUACGUGCUGGAGGUCAACGAGAACGCGCCCGUCAACACGGUGAUCGGCACGGUCAACGCCCGCGACCCCGACACCACGGGGAGCCUGGUCAG